UCAUGAUUUAUGGAGCUAAAACUGCAUGUGUGUACACAUGAGGAUGUGCUACACAGAAAGCUCCAUUUCACAAUGUUCUAAACAAGUUAGACUGUAACUAUCAACGACACGUUUUACAUUCAUCGUAGUAUGCGAUGUCAUAGUAGUACGGUCGUAGCAGUACAUGAGAAAGCGGACACGGAAACAUGAUGAUAGUACUCAAACACAGGAGAACUGUUUUAUUGUUAUUGAUUGUGAUUGUAAUUGUGGUUUGCUGUUGCCUUCUUCAAUUGGUAUUAGCUACAUGUAAUACUACGCGCACGCUACAGUCGUUGAGUGUCGGUCCAAAAAAAAUGAAAAUUAUUUCGUCGUCUGUGACCCACACACGUGAGUGGUAUAAACAAAAUUGUUUACAUUUUAAACUAGAUGAAGUUUUAUCAAUUGAGUACUUACAUGUGAUGAUGAAGAGAUGGCAGUUAUCUACUAAUAAAGACUGUAUAUAUGUUUAUAACAAGUUUGUUGAUAUUUAUAAUAUUACUUGGAGUUCUGGAAAAGUUGUUAUAUCAAAUACGUUCAAGCCAAAAGUUCUGAAAUGGUUGAAUAAUAAUAGAAGUCUUUAUGCUGAGGUUCUUGACCAGCAUAUUAUAUCUAUUUUUAACAAAUAUACACAUGAGAACACAAUAUUCAAUCCAGUGCGAGCGAAGAGACCCGGUGUAUCAGGUGAUAAAGACGUCAAAAGAUAUGUGGACGAUUUAAUAAAUAGCUCAAAACAGGACUGUGAUUUCUGUGCCUACAAAACUAAAACAGCUGAAGAUAGUAUGGGACGUAUUGAAUCAAAGCAUUCUGUGACUGCAGCAAAUACAUUUAAGUUUGAUGCUCAUCAUGAGUUGAUAUUGAUCAAACAACAUAACUGUAUCACUUUCACUGAAGAACAAUUUUUAGAUGCUAUGAACACUGCUAAAAAAUGGUUCAACAAAGUUUAUGAAAAAGAUAAAAGUUGCAAAUACCCCCAAGUGUCAUGGGAUAAUUUACCAAAAGCAAGUGCUAGUCAAAUUCAUCCACAUGCCCAGGCAACUCUCAGACCUGCUAGAUACCAUGGUCUAAUGGAACACCUGAAAUUAUCUGCUAUGGCAUACAGAGAGCAUACAGGAAGCAACUUUUUUACUGAUUUAAUUCAGAUCCAUACUGUGUUAGGUCUAACUACAACCUAUGGCAAUGCAACAGCUCUGGCAUACCUCACUCCAAAGAAAGACCAUGAAAUAUUUAUUAUUAGUCAACAUGCUGACGAGGCUUUCUUCAGAUUAUUGUAUUACACUAUUAAAGCAUUUAUGGACGAUUUACAACUUUACGCCUGGAGUUUUUUCAUGAUACUUCCAGAAAUGGGAUCAUUUGGAACCAAACAGUUGAUGCCAGCUAUUGUACGAAUAAUUAGUAGAGGUCCUGCCAAUGUGGCUAGAAAUGAUAUUAGCUCUUUGGAACUUUUCGGGGCAUCAAAUGUAAAUAUUGAUCCAUUUAGCAUUAUUGCUCACAUAGAGGAAUCUGUCACUAAACGAGGUUGGAGAUGACUGAAGCAAGGAUAGAAGAUCAAGGGACAC